GGCUCAUAGCCGCGAGUUGGCCGUGGAGAUCGAUCACGAGCCGACCGGGUUGGCCACGCUGCCAUGAUCCGGCUUCCGACCUUGAAGUUCACAGUCCCGGACUCAGCCAGAGAUAGAGAGUGGAAGCUGGCAGACAUGAAGUUUGGGCAUCGCUACGGCAUCAAGAUCGUGCGAUUAUCUGGGACUUGCAUGGAAGAUGAUGGUCGGACGAUCCGGCACUUCAUUUGUCCAUAUCCAGAUGCGCAGAACGAAUUGAAGCCAGGCUUUGAUUGCUGGAUUCUUCCUCACCUGCAUGAUGCUAUUCAGAUAGAUGAGGAGUCAAGCGUGCAGCGGAACCUCACCAGAGCAUUCGAUCACCUCUACGAGGCGCCCGAAGGAGAUGUGCGCGUACAUCGAGCGUAUCCAGGCGCCCAGGGCCUGGUGGGCUUUAUGGCCGAGUUGGGCCUCCGCGAGGAGGAUUUGACUGUGGACUUCCUGGAGUGCAGGGCGGUGCCGUGGGUCGGCAAGGUGGCCGCCUCCAUUUGCAGUCCUGACUUUGCGGAUUUCCUGCUGGGCCACUUCUGCCGGCGCUUCUGGCAGAGCCCUGCCACUGUCCAGCCCUUGCUCUCAUGCCUCUUCACGCACCUGGGCAUGUGCGCUGGUCCAGUCGAGAGCGCGUCAAGCCAAGAGCCCUCUGAGAAGGUCUUGAAGCUUACCGCGCUCAACAUGCGCCACAAUUUCCGGAUCAGCCCCAUGGCGGUGGUGCACGGAGGCUGUGGGCUGAAAGGCCUGUGGGAGCUGCCGGAGAAGACCUACACCAUUCUGCACCCCGGGGACCGCCUGAUCUUUGCGAGCACGGAAAAGGCGGCCUUCCACAACUGCGUCACGCGCCUGGCAGACGAGGGCUUCCUCGCCAGCCUCUACAGUGUGACGUGGCCGGACAAGAGCCGGGCGAGUGCUUGCGAGCCGGGUCCCAUCGAGGUUUUGCAGAGCGAAGAGCGGCACAGGCGCCGCAGGACCCGACGAGGUAGGGGGGGAAGAAGAAGGAGAAGAGAGGUUGACGAGGACGACACUUUCAGCGUGGUGACGGCCCACAACGACUUGGACCAGCCGAACCUCCACCCGGAUGCCCUGGCUUUGGGAGCAUGGCCUCCGCGCGCAGACUAAUAAGAUAUUGGGUUGGUCAAGCGUGGGAACCCAAGGGAUGGGUGUCCCUUCAGAAAGCAAAACCCGUAGCGCCGAAAGAGAACCCGUUUUUACGGGUUCCCUAUUUAGGGAAUGCCCAAAGUGUCCAUUUUGAGGGAGUUGAUGAAGAGUCGGCCAA